AUGCCCUUCUACUUUGACCCACUAUCCACGUGCGAUAUCUGCCUCGAGCAUUUCGAGCCACCGGGUUCUGGCGAGGAUCGCGACGGCAAGACGCCUCAUGUUCUGCCAUGUGGCCAUGUCUUCUGCUUAGAGUGUUUGGUUCACGUUGAAGGCCCCUGUCCGACUUGUAGAUCACAAUUUCGCCAUGACCGCGUCCAUCGAUUGCACGUAGACACAUCACGCGAUGCGAGCCCUCCAGCUGACGUGCACAAUGCCAUGAGGAGCAUAGACCAAGCUGCCGAGCGAGUGAGACGCUCGGAGGAGAGAAGCGCUGGCUUGAACAGCCUCGAUUUGGACGACCUGAUGAGCCAAAUACGGGCUUUCGUGCAGGUUCAUGCUGACAAGGCUAUAUUGGACAUUGUAUACUGCAUAGCAACAGUCUUGGACAAGUACGCCGAGAUGGCGCUACAGACGGCCAGCUACGAGCAGCGAAUCAGACGUCAUGAGAGGGAAGAGACGGAGGAAAGAAGGCGGCGCGAUACGCUGGAAACGACCUACAUGGACACAAUCGCGCGUCUGGAAGACGAACUGCAACAACACUCAAUACCGAGCCCGCUUCCGCCCCCAUCCCAAAGACUCGGUGCACCCAGUCCUGCAGCCGGAUCGAGUCGGGCGCACUCCGCGUCUGCCAUGAGUAGGUCCGUCUCGAGAGAAGAGCGACAGCGAUCUAUACAGUAUGAAGCGGAACUUCGCAUGCAGGAGGAAACGAGCGACCCGUUCUGGAGGACAGAGGCUGUUGAUCGUGGUAACGCGCUCGGCCUUGACGGUCGCAGCUCAGCCGCAACUGGCGGCCUCCAUCCAGAACCGUCUGCCGCAGAGGAGCGACGCGCUCGCACGGAGCACAGGAGAGGGUCUGCAACGAGACAUCGGGAUGCGGAUGCUCUACUUUCACCAGUUGACUUGGUGGUGGAUGGCCAAACGACUUCCCGGAUCCCUUUCCAUCCUGGACGUACCCAGCACGAACAGUCCGGAAACAGCGGUCGUCAAAUCGGCCGCCAAGAGCGCUCGUCUGCCUCUAGAAAUAUCCACCGCGACCACGACGGCACCGAAGAAAACUCCCUGGGCCUCGGUGUGCCCAUUGUCUCCCGGCGUAGCAACUCCACAACCCCUUUUAUUCCUCCUACGCCACUCAACCUGGGAGGUGAUGCGCUUUCUCCCGCUCAGAGUGGCCGUAGGGGGUUCAUUCCUCCUGCACCUCCAGGUUGGCGCGAGAGUGUAGACCUGCCCCCAGAAACUCCCGUGCCCACAACGUCGGCAAACAGCACUCGUAGCAACCGCCAACAUCAGCCCACUGCAUCGUACAUCCCCUCACCUCCUCGAGAAUCGGCCACCUUGCCUUCAGCCUCGACGUCUAGAAAUGGUCACGCUAGGCGUUCAGAUCCUCCAGCGCCCUACAUUCCUUCUCCGCCCCGCGAGCUAACUACGUUCCCCGCUUCAACAUCGGCGAACAUCUAUCCAGGACAACAAGUUCCCCCUGUGGCAUACAUUCCCUCACCGCUUCCCGGCACCUCCGGCUUGCCUACGAGUGCUUCGGCGCCUGGCAGUGCAUCUCAUUCUCGCUCACAAUCUCUCCAUCGUGGGUAUAACCCGCAGACAACUUCAGAUACCCAGCAUGCUCGUCACCCGGCUGUCCAGCCUGUCGUUCCGACCGCGCCGCCUCAUCAGUCCAGCGGUCGUCGUAUGCCUACGUCUGCGCAUACACCUCAUCCCAAUCCGCCGGUCUUUCCAGACUCUUCACGUCACCGCUCGCGCGGGAGAUCUUUCAGUGGGGAACCCGAAACUGAAAGCCGAUAUGUACCUCGUCAAGAGUCCAUUCCCAGACCAGUCAUCCUUCCCACACCCGCCGCGGGGCCGAGUCUCCCGAACGCCCACUCACAACAACAGCUGAAUACCUCCUUACCGUCUGCUCAGCGAGUGCGAAGCCGGUCUGUCAGCGGACCAGCCCCCGUACCUCCUCCUGGACCACCGUCAAUACAAGUAUCUACGGCAGAAUUGUCACGAACAGGACAGGCACCGUACACGCCUCACUCUGGUUAUGCGCCAAUGCCUGGGAUGCACCGACGGCCAACAGCGCCGCCAAGUGUCGCGAGCUCAACGGGCUCAGCUUGGAGUACGGCGCCAACCGUUGGCGCUGCGCCUCAAGCCGCGCAUCCGCAAUAUAGCCACGGGCGCCAUUCCUCCACGGACGCAAGCACGCCUCACGUAAGACAACCAUCACUCAGUCGGCAUCCCUCGGGCCGCCGCCCUUCUGAAGACGCGUCGGGGAACUUGGCGCAUCGACCUCCGCCCGUGGCACUCCCGCCUUCGAGCACGGCGUCGUCUAAUCACCAGGCGUCAUCAGGAUACCCGUUUACUCCCACGCAUCCCCUCGCUCACCACUCCGGGUUGCCCGUUACAAGCCAGUCGGCUUACCAACAGCCCACGCCUUAUCCUUAUGGUGGGGCAGGGUAUGCUCCGAGUCGCUCGGCGCCUGAUUCGGGUGUGCCACUGCAUCAGGCGCGUUCAGCACCAGGUUCGAGCAUGCAUACACCGGCACCUAUGCAAACCCCGGCGCCUAUGCAUGCAUCACUAUCCCAGCCGCAGCACGUGCGACGGCCACAGCCAGCUCCGCGUCAAGAGUCGAAUAAUCUACUCUUCUAG